AUGCAUGCUGCCAUUUGCUUUCUCAUUUUUGUGUUGCUAGCUCUCCUCCAGAUCAAAUAUCAAAACAAAGGAAUGUCCCCUUUUGAGGCACACGGUACCAUUAUAUUGCUUUUCAUUGUGUCCUCCUUUGUCUACUCGAUGGCUUUGCUUGCUUUCAUAGCUCUACUACUACGAGCCCACCAGCAGCAGUUGGAAACACUUUGUUUCUUCACAGUUCUUAAGCACAUUUCUCUCGUUUCUGGAGCUCUUACUUGUGAUUUACUCCUCUUGAUACUCUGCCCUGCCUUUGGAUACUUUGUGUCGAUCUUUUGUGGAGUUGUCAUACUUGUGAGGGCACUCCUUGGAUCCUACCAGCAAAUUCUUGUUCGGUUGCUAGAUGUUGCAGCCACCGCAGCAAUAGCAAGAGACCUGAUCCUGCAUUUUUUCCAUGGAUCAAGUCGGCAGGAGGCUCAUAAUCAGGCAUAUAGCAUGGCAUGUGUUUGCUUCUCUCUAAUUUUUCUUUCUACUUCUACAAAUUACAUGGUUUCUCCAUCAAUGACCAAUGUUUCUACAAAUCACAACUCGACUAAUCAAGGAGGUGGAGAUCACACUACAACUCAAAUUGUUAGUGUGUAA